AUUGGAAAAUAUAAAAAUAUAAUAAACUUUGGAAUUGGAGAAAAUUUAAUAUAAACAUUCGAAUACUUUAAUUAAAAUCUACGCUGGAAUUAAAUAUUAUUUUGAGAUGAGCAAAUUUUUGCCAAAACAAUUUUUAAAUUUGCGGCGCAUAUGUUUUGAAUAGAGGAACUACAAUAUACUUACAUAUAUUAUACAUACAUUGUACAUGUUUUUACGUAAUAUACGGCACAUGCUUUUUUUCUAACGGCACGUAAGAUGUUAACAAACUUAAUUGUUAUCUAAUAUAUCAUCACUCAAAUACAAAUACGUGUAAAUAUGUAUUACAUGUGUGUAAUUGUAUAACCAAAUUCAACUUUUUUCUGGCUUACCAAAAAUUAUUGGGUUUAUGCCUGUAGCUUGUAUAGAAAAUUACAAAGCGUAGAUAACAUUUUAAAAUGUGGUUAAUUAAAAGAAAAAAAGAAACAUUUUUCAAAACAAAAAUAUAAAAUGACUACAUACCGGUGAGCCUGUACAAACAUAUUUAAUUUCGAGACAUACAUAUAUGUACAAUACAUAUGCAUAUAUAUGCAUGGUGACGAAUGCAUAAGCACAACAACAAAACUGACUAAUGGAACGCUAUAGGAAAAACUACAUACUUUGUACAUAUAAUAACACUGUUCGCUGAAUAAACACACAAUGUUAUUUGAAAUAUAUAUACGUACAUAUGUAUGCACAUAUAUAUGUAUAUACAAUGCAUGUACAUGUAUAUAUGAAUAUGUAUAGCGAUAUAAAAUAGUUCCAUAUGAAAAUACUCGCACGAUGACACAGAGCAAUGAUUUGGCGUUGACUCUCUUUGACGGCGACCUCGACUGAGAGAAAGUGGAGCACAAAUACAAGUGUCAAAAUACAUGGCUAAAAUAUAUGUAUAUACAUAUGUGGACGUACUCUCCCACAUAUCCAUUGGUUAGCUAUAGGGCGGGCGUGCGCACCGUUAAUUUUACUGUACGAUCACAGUGGGGUCGAUGGGUUGAUGGUCGACGGUCACGAAUUGUAGUGUGCUGCAGCCGGCUAGUCAAGUGGAAAAUACGUACACACAUUUGCCAACUCUUCCUCAACACAUAUUAAUUAGAUCACUGGGAGUGUAACGUUCGCAACCGGCUAGUCAUAGUAGGGGGUGGUGUUUUUGUGUGAGUCAAGCAUAUUGCUCAUAUCACUCAAAAAGCAGGAGUGUAUGCCGAGAGUGCCGACAGUAGAGCAUGCGGUGAUGAUCAUAUGGAGCAGGAGUAGUAAUUAGGCGUACAUAUGUAUAUGACGGUCAAAGUUAUGUACAAUUUAUACAUACAUACGUACAGCCAUAUGCAAUAGAUAUAUUACGUGCCACAACUAGCGCGCAUAGCGGCAACCACGGGAACGGCAAUAGAGCAGAAGCUGAAGCAACGGCCAACAGCAACGGUUAGAAGAAGCAACAGCAGAAAUUAAAUCAUCGUAGAAGUGAGGCCAACAAUGCCGCAUAAUUAAAUUGAAGAGUGUUUUAAGUAGUUAUACAAAUGUGUAUGACAGCGUUUUGAAAGGAGCAGCUUUUAAAUAAAAAUAAUAAUUACUUACAUGUAAUAAUUUAUAACUGAAAACUCUAUUUUUAUUUAAUGUGAGUUAAAUAAAAUUUUAGAGCUGAACUGAACAAAAAAACAACUAAAAUUGGCGUAUUUGCAAAAAAAAAAUAAUAUAUAAAAAGCAAAUACAUUCAAAUUAAAAUUUUAAAACUGAGUGAAUGGAGCGCGGCGCUUUUACUAAACAUUGCAAAUAUUAGCGCAAAUUCAAAUACAACCGGAAACCUAAAUAUGUUUGUAUAUGUGUAAUUGAAUAAUUUUACGCGUUAUACAUACAUACAUACAAAUGAAAUUAAACCAAGUAUUACCAAAUCACGAAAACUCUACGUAAACGGGUGUGAUAUGAACGUCAGUAUCAUAGAUAAUACAUAUAUACAUAUGUACCUAGAUAUAUAUGUAAGUAAAUAGUGGUGUGAUUAUGCGUACUUCUCGUGUAUGCAUGUACACACAUAUGUAUAUAAAUAGUAAACAUCAAUUGUAAUUGUAACUCAAAAAUAGUGAAAAUAUACAUAUGUAUGCGAUAUGUGCAUUUACAGCAAAAGAAACAUCAACAUGAUUAGACAAAAAAUGAUUUGUUGAAAAGCAACUAUGUAAGCCCAUAUUGAUCGGCAAAUAAUAGAAAAGCCAAUGCAGCAGUUGUGAGAUAAAGAGAAAGUGCAUGUACGCAUGAACUUUGAAAUGGAAAAUAUACAUUAAUCAAUAUAAAUAAAUCAUAGAAAUAAGUGUAUGCACUACAAAUUACACAAAUAUGCUCAAUAGAUUACUGAAAUAUACAAGAUAAAUCAGCAACUGCAAAUAAGCACAAAUGUAAAUCGAAGUGAUAACUGCACAAACUCCAUACAAACUAAAUAAGAACAAUACGAAGUGGAACAUUUGUUGUGUACAAAAGCCGUUAUCAGCCGUUGACAUUUCGAAUUUUGACAGUGCACUAUAUAUAAUUAAUUACAAUCACACAAACCAUAUUUCUAGUUUGCCAUUUGCAAGAACAAGUACAGCAGUUAAACUCUAUAUACUAAAACACCUUCUUUUCUAAUAUACGUUAGUGCAAAACACCUAUAAACUCAAAUUGAACUAUCCGCUUGAGAUUUUUGUGCGCAAAUCGAAAUACUCUUACAACGAGCAAACUCAUUAUGGUUCAAGGAACACUGUGCGAACAUAAAACAAAUACAAACGUAUGGCAAACAGUGAGUUAUAGUAAAAAAACGCAAACAAAAAAUCACCUUAAAGCAAAAGGUGGAGGUGGUGGUAGUGUCGAUAAGUCAAAUGCACAAAUUAAAAAUACAUUGAACAAAAAUUCGGUAGCGAAAACGAAAUCGCAAACUACUAUAUUGCUUCUGAAAGGUGCAGCGAAUAAUCAAAAAAUCUCAAGGACGAAAACGUCAACAACACAAAAGCUGAAUUUAGCACAACCUAAUAUUGCCACAGCGAAGCAGAAAACAGCACCCACUUUCGACAAAACAAAAACAACGAUAGCUGCAGUUGGCAGCGUACCAACUCAACAGCGACCACAAACACUGCGUAAUCGACAGCAGCAGCAACAGCAACACGUUCAGCGGCAGCAAUCGCCCUUAUUGUAUGUUCGCCGUCGGCGCGUACAUCACGAAAUCAGGCAAAUUAAACGUGCUCACCGCCACCUAUUGACAAGUGGCGGGUGCGACUGGCAGCACCGCCAAGCGACUAAUAGUAGUGGUACUGGUGUGGCAACCUUAAGCCAGCAAGACGUCAAGUGUCAAACGAAGACCAAUAACAAUUGUAGUCAUUCGAACAGCUGUCGCUGUACAGCGACAAAGAAGAAACAGCAAAAGUGUCAUCCAUCGCAACAACUAAACCAGCAAAAGAAAAAAUUGCAAAAUUUAGUGAAAAAUGCCCACAGUGGCGGAGGAGCAGGUAGUAAUAGCAGUUGUAAAUCAAAACAGGAGAAAAGUAAACAACAAAUAGGCAAUAAACGUGCUGGUACGGUGAAAUCGAAAGAAUCCUAUGCAGAGUCUGUUAUCUCAUCGCGUUGGGACUCAAUCGAGGAACAAUUAAAUUAUUUGGAUAAAUUACUGUAUUUCUGUGAAGACGAAGAAGAUGCCUGUUGCGCAUGGAAUUGUCAUAUAAAUAAAGCUUACGAUUGCUGUAGUGAAAGAGCAAAAUCAGAGGAAAUUUAUUACGAAGGUGACGUCGACGACGACUACGAGAGUGAUUGGAGUACUGAUUGGAGCCAAUCAGAUAUGUCAGCUACAGAUAAGAGUGUAGACGAUGCAGAUAUGCAAUCCACAACAAGUGGUGCAGGAUCUGCAUCCACUACUACGUCACCUGUCGUUCCUUCCUCACAUAGACGACGCGGUCAUCAGCAUCAUCCGCGUUUUUCGGGCACACGCCGUCCAAAUGUUCAGGAAAUUCUCGCUGCACUAUAUCGAGGGGAUUCACAAAGUGUUCUCUCCAACUUACGUCAAGCCGCUCAGGCUGUACAAGAAGACGGCUCCAUGUCCGUUGGUGGGGGAAGCGAUGUAGAAACAGUAUCCUCCACAAUGGGAGAUUCACAAUAUACCGAUGAGCCAGAUGAAGAAUUGGAAUUACAUCUUUCCAAAUCGUCAAUGCUAAACUUGCCUCUAACCGACUCAGUAACAACGUCGAUGGGCAGCAACAGUCCAACUCCCACGGACGAAAGCAGUAUGAUUGACGAAGGCGUGGGAAACGCACAGACGCCCACCAGUAAUACUGCAACUGAAAGUGUGACUCCGAAAUCACAAAAAAUCAGAUCUAAACGUGAUAAAAGUGAAAAACUUGAUCGUUCAGAAAAAAAGAAAAAAACAAGGAAGGAUAAAAGUAAACGUGCAUCAGUUUGUUCCGAUGCAGAUGGUACUAUAGUUAGUUCAGGCGAAGCAAAUGCCGCGGCAGAUGAAGGUAUCGCCAUUGAUGAUGAGGAUGUGCAAGCAGCUGAGUGGGCGAAAUUACGUUGUACCAGCGAAGCCGCGGAAAUUGUUGCAGAGCGUGAGGCGCGUCGUAAUAAAGGUCGUUGCGCCGACUAUCCUGGACUUGCAUUUGGUCGUUCUAUAUUUAGCUCUGAUACCAUGAUGAAGUUCAAUAUCAUACGUAACGAAUUGCAUAACAUCAUGAAAACGCAACUUAAACGGGUAAUUAAAAGCAUGAGACUCCGUAAGGUAGUCAAGUGUGAAAUAAUUUGAAUUGCAUUUGAUAACUAAUCAACACACUUUCUCAAUUUUUUGCGUACCUACAAACAUGUGCAAGUAUUUUAAUAGGGGUAUACACAUAUAGGAAGAAGUAUUUGCUAUCCGUAUAACGCGAUCCCACAGACAUUCAGAAUCUAAACUUCAAAAGACCGGUAUUUUAUUUUUAUCAGCGUAAUGAGAACUUUGAGACAAUUUUCGAUAGUCAUUCACAAAAUUGUUAUUUCUUUUCCUUAUAAAACUUCAACAAAAAGGACUUCAGUAGUGUUAUAAAUAAUAUUUUUUAAUUCGUUUAUUCGUCAAAGCUCUAAAAAUAAUCGAUUGUGAUAAACAAUUGUUGAUAAUGUCAUUUUGUGAUUAUUUUUGCAGUUAUAGAAUAAUACAAAAAUUUCUUCGACUUUCACUUGAUCAUUUUGCUAAUUCUUUGCAUAUUUUAUUGCUCUUGUGUACACAUAAUUUUUGGCUACAUAUGUAUUCACACGAUUAGUAUAACCACCAUUUGAAUUGUGGUGCAUAUUUUUUGUAAUUUUCUGUACUUCGUCUUUUAUAGAUAAUGACCCAGUUCAAUGUAUUAUACGCUUCUGUUUUCGUAUGUUAAACUGCAAAUUUCUUUUUCCACACUUGAUCAUAUACUUACAUACAUACGUACAUAUAUGUGUGCGAGACGACGAACUUCUUGGCAGGCGUCGUUAUACGUUGUUGAGCUCAUUCUUCGUUGAGCAGAUUGCUACAAACUAAAUUGUUGCACAAAAUUAGGCGGCCACAAAUUAAUUUGUAAAAUGUACUCUCAAGUUCUGCAAGUUUCAUCUUUUAAACUAGGGAACAUAUGCAUAUUUAUCAAAAAUUUAUAGAUUUAAGUUUAAAAAGGCUACUAAGCUACUACUACUUAUCAACUGACUGUAUAUCACAGCUAUUUAUUAUAAUUUGUGAUUUUCAUCCACUUAUUGUACAAAACUAUCCCCACAGCUAGCAUUAAUUCACAUAAACUUUUUUUUUGGAAUAAGGUUCUUAACCAAUUGCCAUUUUUUUAUGCACUGACAUUCAAAACACGUUAAUGAUCCAAAUGGUCAUUAGUACCUUUUAUGGUAACGAAUUGAUUGAAUCAACUAACUGGUGAUGUAUGACUGGUUAUUCAAUAUUCCUAGCAUUAUGCGAUUUUGCACGCUUUGUAACAAGUGGUCUGAUAGAUUUUGACCAAAAAUGAUGUGUAGUCUACGGUUAUAUUCACAAAUGUAGUAGUUAUUGAAAUGAACUUAAUUCUAAUCUAACAAAUAGUGUAAUAGUGCUUUCAUUAUUGUCAUUAAAUACUUAGAGAAAUACAAUUCUCACGUUUCUCGCUCUCUCGACAUUUAUGGAAUCAACGACCUUACAACUGGCAGUCAGUAAAUGCAGCGACAAUAAAAGUUGUCGUCACACCGUUGUAACCGAAUUUGGCAAACGUGGAAAGGUUUGAAAAUGGCAAAAUGUGUUUUACUCUUAAUUUCUUUUCAUUGCCAACGUGCUUACUAAAUAAUAAUAAUUAUUUAUUUAUCAUGCACAGUAAGUGCGCGCAUGUGUCACCUACUAUAAAUGGAAAACUUACGCGCGAAUAUACAUACAUACUAUAUUCCCAUUUACUGAAAUAUAGUGCCUACACAUACGUAUAAGUAUAAAUGUAUAUAAAAAUUCUUGCAUAUUCGGUAAUAUAUUUAUAUUGUGUUAUCAUAAGUCUGUACCUGAUCUUCUAAUUUGUUAAGUGGUUGCUUAAUUAAUUAACAUUUUAUUAGAAAAAUGACAAACCUACUUUUGCUCAAAACAGUCAGUCAAAAAGUUCACAUAUUUAUAAUAAUUAUAACUUUUUGUUAAUACAUAAGAAUAUAAAAGGAUUUUUAACUUUGCCCUUUUAAACUAGUUCCCCCUCACGAAGAUUUAUUAAAAAUGAGUAGUCUGGCAACAACGAUGUAAGAGAGUAUAUUUUCUUAUUGGAAUUUGCUUUUCUGCCAUAAUAUUUGAGUUUUCUUUUGCUUUUUGCAAAAUCAUAAGUGUUUUAAUUAAAUGUACAUAUGGUUUUUAUUUAAGCUCUAUCCUAAUAUUUUUAGCAGACACAAACCAAUUUUAUGCAAUUAGUACUCAGACAAUUUAACUACUUUUUAAAGUGUUUUAACUGUUUUUAUUAAAUGUAAGCAUCUCUUUCACACAACAGUUUGGAAUACAAGUGCUUUUCUAAAUACGGUGCUAGCUGGCCUUGUUCAAUGUCGUUUUGAGUCAUUCACAAAUUAAGGCGAGGCUUGUGAGAGAGAUAUUCUCUUUGAUUGUUCAUUUUCCAGUGGCAGCAACAACAACUAUAUACGAAUGUCAACGUAAUCUUUGGCUGGUCGUUGUCGGUGUCUCUGCUUCCAAAGAAUUCGAAAAUUUUGACCGAUUUCAUUUUGCGAUACGAAUUCACUCAGUGCUGAGCUCAUAAAUUUUACGCUGCGGCAUUAAAAAUCGAGACGUGGUAGUUGUGUUAAAAAUUAACCAAGUUUGCAAAGUUAGUAGUGCCUGUUUUGUGAGCGACAACAUUGUUGGGUUUAUUCGUAAAGUGUAAAGAAAAGUGCGUAUACAAUAUCAAGUGUUUCAAGUUAAGCUACCUUUGUAAGGAAAAAAGUGCUUAACGUUAAAAGAAAGGUAGAAGGAGGAAGCAAAGUAGGAAUAGCAGAAGAAAAACCGGUGGUUCCAAAUUGUUCGUGUAGUGUGUUUCGUUUCGUUGCGUUCCACAUUCAUAACUUCUCUAUCUUUUUCGCUAUUCUUCGUGUCAUAUAUUUUUUUUUAUUGUUCGAGCCCUUGUCACUGCCGUGUUCUUUUUUGUUAAAGUCAAAAAAAUAGUUUUUUUUUAUAACGUUUGGUGCUGCGAAAAAGUACGAAAAUUGAUAAAUUGUAAAAUUCAAAAUCUGAUAAGUUGUAAUUUCGACGGAAAAUAUUUAAUUAAAAUUGCACAACAGUCAAAAAACGAAAGUUCGUUUAUCUUUUUCCAGUUUGAAGUAAUACUUGUGUGGCGUUUGUGUGCGUGAUAACCAUCAGUAAAAGUGCGAAGCAAAGUCGAAUAGUAUAUUACCCACAACGAUCGAGCCAAAAUUUUGUGGUGUCAUUAAAAAGAAUUAGUGCAACAGUAGUGUUGUUGACCAUCCUUCACCCCACCUUUUAAAAAAAGCAGUUAAUUAUGACGACCAGCAUUCCACAAGGCACCCUCUUGGAUGUGCUUAAGAAGAAAAUGCGCCAGACCAAAGAAGAAAUGGAAAAA